AUGCAGUUAACAAAAUUACCACUCACUCCCGUGACGAAACAGGUGUCGAACGAAGAGGCAGAGAGUGGGAGAUACUCGGGAGUGAGCAUGUGGGCCGGAGGGCAGUUUCACUGGGGCCCGAACGAAGCCGUGCCGACUCAUCUCACGUUGUACGAUGGGAGCGUGCCGUGGGAGGAGAGGGUGGAUCUCGCUCUGUCCUGGUUCGUCGACCCGGAUCGACCGGCCAAUUUCGUCGUCUUCUACUUGGAGGAACCGGAUCACAUGGGGCACGAAUACGGACCGGAUUCUCCGGAGGUGAAGGCGACGGUGGAGGAGGUGGACGGAUUGCUCGGGUACAUGGUAUCGCGACUGCAGGCGAUGGACCUGUGGGAUAGGACUAAUCUCGUCCUCCUCUCGGAUCACGGAAUGGUCGGAGUGAAGAACGACUCGAUCGUGGAUCUGCCGUCCAUUCACGAUCCGAGUGAUUACCGGCGUGCCAGCGGCUCGCCCGUACUCCUCAUCUACCCAGAUGAAGGGAAAGAGGAGGAAGUGUAUGAAGGAUUCCUCGAUGCAUCCGCGACGGAACCAUUCUCGGUGUACAGAACGGAAAACAGUCCCGAGGAAUGGCAUUACGGACCCUCGGCCUACAUGCCACCAUUUUACGUCGUUGCAGACAAAGGAUAUGCUUUCAGUGAUGCCUUUUGGCUGGAACUUCCCGAAGACGAAAGGCACGAUACGUACGGGAUGCACGGAUACAACAAUUCCUUCCCCGAGUUGCAGACCUACAUGAUGGCCCACGGACCGGCAUUCAAGAAGGGCUACGAGUCGCCAGAGGGUGCCGUUUUCGACAAUGUCGAUAUCUACCCUUUGCUCUGUCACCUCCUGGGAAUCCAAGCCCGCCCUAACAACGGAACGCUGGAGCACUCUCUGGACUUGCUGCUGCCGACAUCCUCCCGAAGCGGGGAGCCUCCCGACUCGCCGUCCGCCUCUCUCGACGGCUCGCCAUCGACUGCGGGUUCCGUAGCGCUGAUCGCUGGGGUCGUGGCGGCUGGGGUCGCUGUGGCGCUUUCGCUCGCCGCUCUGGUCGUGUACGUGAGACGGCGGAGGAGGGAAGCGCCGAUGGCUCUGAGGCCAUCUGCUGCCGAUUCCACUUCCGGCUUGGUUCCUUUGGAUGCCAUUAGUCUUGGUUUCAGGCACCCAAACCUGGAGGCGUGACAUCGCACGAUGGUCUUCCCGCGAGGCUGGACACGUACCCCAACACUGCGGCAGGGAAUCAUAUUUCGCACGCUUUUAAUGCAACCUGCAAUUUGUUGUAUAAAAAUGGGAGUUUCUGGUGUUAUGCGUUUACUGCCA